GAGAGGUCGCUUGUUCCACAGUUUGGGCCCAACCACAGAGAACGCUCUGUCGCCGCGAGUCCUGUGGCGGGUUUUUGGAACUGUUAAAAGAGCUUGAGAGCUGGACCUCAUGGUUCUGGCAGGGACGUAAGCGGACAGCAGCUCAGAGAUGUAAACUGGGGCCAGGCCAUGAAGGGACUUAAAAACAAAAAGUAAAAUUUUGAAACGGAUCCUGUAAGAGACAGGAAGCCAAUGGAGAGAGGCCAGAACCGGGGUUAUGUUAUCCCGCUUGCUGGUUCCAGUCAACAAGCGGGCCGCUGCAUUUUGGACCAGCUGAAGUCGGUGUGGGGAGGACUGGUCCAGGCCAGAAUACAGGGGCCUGCAGUAGUCCAAUUGGCAGGACACGAACAGGUGGAUGACAUGUUCGAGGACAUUAGCAGGAAGGUAUGGUUUCAAGCAGGUUCCCAUUACUUUAUGGGAUUCCUAAAUGCAAUGCACUAAAGAAACUUUCAAAGUAGAACGCACACAAUUUAAAUCUUGGCUGCAAGUGUUCUGUUUGGAAUAAUUUCAUGCAUCCUUUUUCUAAAUAUGCUUUUGUUGUUAUUGUGUGAACAUUGUCAUUUAUUUGGUGUCUUGUUUCCUGCAGGAUGUUUAAAACGGACGCCCCAAAACAGUCAUUUAAAUUAGUUUGCCAGUUAAAGGUUUAGUCACUUGAAUAAUUAAAAGGUUUUUACAGCGUGCAUAACAAGUUAUUCUUCCUGUAUUAAAGGCUUUUUUACCUUUGCAUGGGAUUGGAUUACAUAACUGGGCUGUCGAACACAGAGGCCUUUUGUUGUUGAAAGCAGCUCACGACCUUAGGUGAUUCUGAUGUGAGGUAAGAUGUUUUGUUCCCUGUCCCUAAUUCACCUCACAGCGUUACCGGUUUGCAGGGUAGUUAUUUUGAGGAUGCCAGUAGAAGGGUGUAUACAUAUGUGACAAUGCAAAUGAUCCUCUUUGCCUUUGGGAUGAGACAUUAUGAGAAGUGAGAUACAGAAACCAGUUCCCACACUAGUGAGCUGAAUAUGUGCGACCAACCUGUUGGUGUGCACCAUGUUCCUGUUGAAAUGCAUUCAUUUCUUGGGCUUGUUUUACUUUACAAAUGCCACUCUGCAUGCAUACUCUCCUGGAAACAUCGUGAUCGGAGGACUUUUUCCCAUUCACUCUCACACCAACAGAACCACGAGAGCUAGAGAUGCUGUCUGUAUUGACUAUGACACCCAAUUGUUCCUGCACAGCCAAGUGAUGAUUCACGCCAUCGAAGAGGUGAACCAGUGUACGCCAGCGCUGCUACCCAACCUCACUCUGGGUUAUGAUAUCUAUGAUACUUGUGGAGAUGUCAGCCUUGCCAUCAGAGCAACUCUGCAGCUGAUGAAGAACCAGUCCGACCCUCAGAGCUGUCUAGUACCUGAAAGCAUUGAUUCCUACUUACCUGAACCUGAAACAAAGGUGCUGAUUGGUGAACGCUCCUCUGAAGUGUCCAUAGCCAUUUCCCAGAUUCUUGCUCUGACCUCAGUUACCCAGAUUAGUCACGCCUCCACCAGUGUGGUGCUCAGCAAAAGAUUUAAGUUCCCGACUUUCUUUCGGACUGUUCCCAGCGAUGAAUUUCAAACUAUGGCCAUUUAUGAACUGGUCAAUGAGUUGAAUUGGAAAACGGUGGCCAUUAUUGGAAGCGAUGAUGAGUAUGGGAAGUAUGGUAGCGACGGUCUUCAGAGCAUUUUUGAUAAAAAUAACAUCUGUGUUGAAUUUGUUGAGAUUCUGUCUGGAAACUUCAACCAAGAUUGCCCCUACACCUCCAAAACUCUCAAGAACCUGAUGACUAAAAUUGAAAUGUCCACAGCCGAGGCCAUCAUCAUGUUCACCAAGGGCGCCAAUGUUGAAACCAUCUUGAAAGAAGUCAUUGAAAACAAACUAAACAGAACAUGGAUUGCCAGCGACACAUGGUCCACCUCCUUGGCAAUUUCCACGAUGGCAGGAAUAAAUCAAAUCGGACAAGUUUUUGGAUUCAUCUUCAAGAGGAACGAGGUUCCUGGUUUUAAGGACUACGUCCACUCGAUGUUCAAUGGAACCAAGAACCACUUUAUUGAUUACCACCUGAAUCAGUUCCCACUUUGCCAAAAUCAGACUGGGAACACAACUUGCAGCAGAUCUAUGAACUGCACUGACCCAGACUGUUUGGCCUCCUUGGUUGACCAGGACGAAUCGUACAGCAUCUAUCUGGCUGUGCAGGUCAUCGCUGAAGGUCUCAGACGCGUACUGAGAUGUGACGACCAAAGCUGUGCACGGACUGAAUUUACAACCUUUGAGCUUCUCGAGGAAAUCCAGAAAGUCAACAUCACUGUAGGCGUAACAAAUUUACAUUUCAAUGGUGGAGAUCCCAGUUUAGGAUAUGAAAUUGUUUACUGGAACCAGUCUGAGUCUGAAAACAGUAAGAAGAUACAAACCAUCGGAGAGUACCAGCCUAAUGGAAACCUUGCACUUCCAAACUUUCCUCAGGAUCUCCUCAAACAGAUGAAAUCGCUGACUGUGACCGCUUACAAUUGCGCCAAAAUGUGUGCAUCAGGACAAACGUUUCAAAUGAUGGACCGAAAAUGCUGCCAUGAGUGUGUCCGAUGUGACGAUGGAUACGUUUCAAACGGUACAAAGUGUGAGAAAUGUGGAGACUGGGAGUAUUCCAAUCAUCUUAGGAAUAAGUGUGUGGAGAAAACGGAAGACUUUCUUCAAUGGGAAGACCCCGUCUCCAUCUCUUUAUGCUUUUUUGCCAUCCUUGCAAUAAUCAUCAUCACUGCGUUUGCUGUUGUGAUCCGCCUGAACGCUGGAACUCCCGUCGUGAAAGCGAUUGGCGGUUACUUGUGUUUCUUGGAGCUUCUUUCCCUGCUGUUGACUUUCAGUCUGACCUUCACCUUCCUGGGAAAGCCCACAAAACUGUCCUGUGUAGCGAUUCCUCUGUUUGGUGUGGGAUUUUCUCUCUGCAUGUCCUGCAUUUUGUCUAACUUGCUUCAGAUUUUGCUGGGCUUCAUAUUUGAUGUGAAUGUUCCCUCCUGGAUCAAAAAGUUUAAUCAGCCAGCAGUUGUGGUUUUAACCACCUCUGGGAUCCAGCUGGUUGUGUCUUUAUCUUGGCUGAUUGUGGUCCCACCUAAUCCCACAGAGGAGAUUAAAAACACCACCAUCUUGUACCAGUGUGAGAUGAACAAAGAGUCCCAGAAGUUUUUCAUAGCCACAAUUACGUACAUCUCACUCUUAGGCUUCAUUUGUUUUCUCUUCGCAAUCAAAGGUAGGGAGCUGCCCGACUUGUACCGCAACGCCGUACUAAUCUCCAUCAGCAUGGUGAUGUUUUUGAUCAUAUGGAUAAUUUUCCUUCCACUUUUUCUCACCUUGGAAGGAAGGUACAGACCAGCUUCAAACUGUGCAGCCAUUCUUAUUUCUGGCUACAGCAUCCUCGGCUGUCACUUGGCCCCCAAGUGUUACAUCAUGGUGUUCAGGAAGGAGCUGAACAACGAGAACGCCAUCUCGGAGUACAUCAGAAAGCAUUACGAGAUGAAGGGCUUGGCCAUGGUCAAAUGACUGAACAUGCACAGAAUAACACCAAUCUGCAGCUGGUGGGACUUUGUGUUCACUCCUUAAAUUUCAUAAUGCCUUUUAGACAAAAGUUGUAACUUAAAGAGGACAUUUCAUGACUUUUUCUUAAGUUUCAAUGCCUUUUUGGUUGAUACCAAACAUGUUUAUAAAGUUCUUUGCACAAAAUCCCUCUCGCGUAGUGAUUUGUGCAGUUUUAUUCUUGGCAGUUUCAGCACCUCCCUGAGUGAGCCGUUACAGGGCUGGAAACCGAGCUGGAGCUGGCCACGCCCAUUCCAUGCUCAGACUUAUAUAGGCUUAAAACAGGGGUGCCCCAUCCUGGUCCUCAAGGGCCGGUAUCCAGCAUGUUUUAGUUUUAAUUCUGCUUCAGCACACCUGAUUUCAAU